AGGUGUGUAGUACAUGUUGCGCGCAUCGUAAGCAAGCGGAGCGCGCGCUUGCGAACAUAUCUGACAGACAUCCACAUGACAACUCCUUCCAACUCUACACAGUCUGAAGGCCCACCCGACAGCAAAAUGGCUUCAGGCUGCAAUUACAGAGGCAGACGCCAUGUGCCCGCUGAAGGCAGCAUGAUGUGGCAUACGGGCAUCAAUGACUUACCAGACGAACUACUGCUAAUGAUCUUGUCUCACGUGGCUUUCACCGAUCUACUGGAUGUGGUACCGAACGUGUGCCGUCGCUGGAAAAAGCUGUCUCAAGAUUCCAAGUUGUGGGCUGACAGGGAAUUCAAUAUUGGGGCCCUGUGGCAGUGCUACCUGGAUGACCGUAAGGGUGGUGGGAACGAGCAGGAAGCAGUACAGAUCUUCCGAAACGUCCCAAACCUGUGUAUAGUGCGCAUGUGGUUUAAUGUCAACCCCCUCGUCAUCCAGGAGCUCUGCGAUCACUGCCCGAGGCUCGCAGAGUUGCACCUCCAUCCCAGUCAGAAGCUCACCUACUCGGUACUGAAGACCUUGGUGGAGAAGUGCACCAGAAUACACACACUGACGGUUCCCUACAAACUGCUGAAGUCUGAAAGAUGCUCGGAGGCCCUGUCGCAGCUGCACAACCUCCGUGUGCUGAAUCUGGAACCGGAAUACAAGGAAUUCGAUCGUAGCUCUACCCAGGAACCUUGUCUGGUGCGACCUCUGGUCAACGGAUGCCCACAACUAGCCGAGGUCGACUUCGGGUUUACGUAUAUCAAUAUGGAAGACCUGAGGUACUUUCUGAGAGCCAAGAGGAACACCCUCAGGUCGAUACGCAUAAAGUGGGCGAUGGGUGGGACGAGCUGUGUCCCACCGUUGCUGGAGGCCUGCACCGAGUUGGAACGUCUGGAACUCUGCGAGGAUGACGACUUCGAGAUGGUCCACAGUGUACCGAGAGAGGCGUUCACUGCCCUGGGAAACCUGAAGAACUUGCAGGAACUCAGGAUAUCGAUCCCUAUUCGACUACCGCCCGGAGUUGCUCCUUUGGCAUUUAAGGGUCGAGGAUUGAAAAGAUUGAGAAAGCUGGAUAUAUGGUGUGGACCUGGCUUGGACAACGAGACAAUAAUUGCCAUCAGCCGCGGGCUCCCCGCUUUGCGGGAACUCUCUGUCUGUGAUGCAAAGAUGCUCUCAGCUGCUGCCUUCUCUGAGAUCUACCGCCUGGAACAGCUUGAAAUAUUGGACGUGACAGAUUGCAGAACACUCGGCGGGGCCCUAUUCCCCUACCUCGUCGGGCUGCCGCGACUUCACACGCUUCGAAUGGAAAAUAUGGCUUUUGCGAGGCUGCAACCGGGUGUGAGCAGCAUCCUCGAAUUGUCAGGUGUGCGCUGCCUGACAUUCGAUUAUUCCGUUGUCGCUGGAGUGCCGUUUGAAAAGUUUCCAGAAAAGCUCGUCAAUCUCAGGGAGCUGGGAGUCAAAGAGUGUCAAGGUGACCCUAAGGCCGUAGAAGGGCUGGCCGAGCAGAUGCCCGGUCUUAAAAUCCACGGCGUCAUUCGGCCUUUGUAACCGGCUUUCUACGUGUCCGAUAACGAGAGUGAUGCAGAACUUGAAGAGGAGGAGAACGUGUUGCUUCGCAGUGCAGAGGAAGCAGUGGAUGACUGGAGAGUUGCAGUGAUAGUUAAAGAGUGAUAACGAUGUCUAGGAUUAAAGCAGUAUAUCUGUUCUCUUUCUAGAGAAUGUAUAAAACUGAUAUGAUAUUUAUAGGGAACUAAUUUUAAAUACUGAUUGCAUCUCAGCUGGAAUAUUGUAACUGGGCCAAAAUGUAAUACUUCUCAACUUUUGUUACUAGACUGUGUGUCGUAGUGGACUGCUGCAGGCUGUCAGGUCGAAAAUAUUUAUUUUGGGUGUAACGUCACAUUAACAUUGGUGGAAACUGUUUUGAAACAGGGUAAUUACAAAUAAUUGUGGAAAUGUGUAGAAAGAACAUAAAUUAUUUACAGUAAUAUUAGGAAAAGGAUAGUGUGCAACUCAGUGGGUCAUCUUUACACUGAUUAGCAGACCUGUACAACGAAAAGACUGUUGUACAUUCUAGCUUCUGGCCGUGUUCGCUCGUGCAAAUGAACGCGUAUUUUCUUCGCCGGAGGAGGCUUUGACGGAAAGCAGUAAUGUGUAACAGUCUUUUAGUUGUGCCUGACUGCCAAUCCUUUUCUUAAAAUUGUUGAUAUUCCAGCCUGAAGUUUCCAUUGUUUAAUCAUCUGCAAUAGUGUUUGAAUUCUGGCUUUAACGAUCUGCAAUGACGUUCGGUUUCUCGUCGUAACGACAGUGGAUUUGAAACGACUGUAUUCUUUACGAGAUAAAGUGGCAAGACUGAUGAGGUAGCCAUUCUUAAAUAUCACUGGCUGGACUAGCAUGUAUUAUUGUGUACAGUAAUUAAUUUAAAAUAGUUAUGAAAUAUUUGUUAUCUGUUUAUCCAAAAAUUUUGUUCUUGCUUAUUUAUUCACUUUUUAUUUGUAUUAUGUGCAAGUUUCAUCAAAAUAAAUGUUCUC